CUUUAAGUUUAAGAGAUAAAAUAUUAAUAAGUUUUUAAGUAACAAACUGCUUUAUUUGGAGGGGGUUGACUGCCAGAAACAAUGCUGCUAUAGCCUAUAAUCAAGUAUUCACAUCCUAAGAUUAAGAUGAGUGGUAUGGAUUCAAAUGAUGAAACUUCAGUUAAAGCCGUUGAAGAUGACAAAAGUGCAAAGAAAGCAAGAACUUUUGACUUCAUGGCCAUGUUUAAAGAAGCUAGAGAAUCUGCAAAGCAACGAACAGGACUUAAUGUAAUAACUAAAGAAACUGAUUCUACAAUAGACAGUGAUGUUGCUUUACAUAUUAAAACAACCAAAUCAGAAAAUUUUAAGACAGAAAGCAAAGUACAUGCUAAAAUUAAGUCUAAAGAUAAUUCAGACAGUGAAGAUGAAAUUGGGCCACCAAUUCCGUCUGGUUUUAAAGUUUUAAAUAGAUUGAAAAAUUCAAAUAUUGAAAGUAAAAAAAAUGUUGGAACUAAAUCCAAAGACAGUUCAGACAGUGAAGAUGAAAUUGGACCUCCAAUUCCAUCUGGGUUUAAACCAUUUAGUCAAGUAAUUCUAAGUGAUAAUAGAAAAGAAAGCCAGUCCAGUGAAAAACCAAGUGACGAUGAAGAAUCAGAUAUUGGUCCUCCAUUACCUCCUGGAUUUAAUCCAGUAUUUGUGAAACCCACAAACAGUGAUGAUAAGAUGAGAGUAACUAGUAAGGACUCAGAUGGAGAAGAUGAUGAUGGUGGAGAAGAUGAUGAUGGUGAAGAAGAUGAUAUUGCUGAAGAUGAUGAGAACCCUUUAAACAGGGUCCCCACAAGUCACGAAAUUGUUCUGGAUCAUGGACAAAAAACAGUUUCGGCACUGGCUUUGGACCCAUCAGGGGCGCGAUUAGUUUCAGGAGGUUUUGAUUUUGAUGUCAAAUUUUGGGACUUUGCUGGGAUGGAUUCCUCUUUAAAGUCUUUCCGAUCUUUGAGGCCUUGUGAAUGCCAUCAGGUCAAAGGUUUAGAAUACAGUACAACAGGAGAUACUUUACUAGUUAUAGGGGGUAAUGCUCAAGCCAAAAUUAUUGACAGAGAUGGAUUUGAGGUGAUGGAAUGUGUAAAGGGAGAUCAGUAUCUAGUGGAUAUGGCUAGUACAAAGGGUCACACAGCUGCUCUCAAUAAUGGAUGCUGGAACCCAAAAGUUAGAGAAGAGUUUUUGACCUGUGCUAAUGAUUGCACGCUUCGCUUAUGGGAUGUAAAUAAGCCUUUAAAACACAAGAAUAUUAUCAAAACUAAAACAUCUGGUGGACGCAAGACAGUGCCAACCUCUUGUACAUACAGCAAUGAUGGACGUUAUGUUGUAGCAGGCUGUAAUGAUGGUUCUAUACAGUUAUGGGACUACAACAAACAUUCAUUUGUAAAUGUUGCAAUGCAAAACAAAACAGCACAUUCAAAUGGCUCAGAUAUCACAUGUAUUCGCUUUUCUUAUGAUAGUAGAAUAUUAGCAUCACGAGGAGGUGAUGACACACUAAAGAUCUGGGAUAUUCGAAAGUUCCAGAAACCACUACAAAUUGCCAACAACUUACCAAAUAAUUUUCCAAUGACAGACUGUGUAUUCAGUCCUGAUGACAAGUUAAUUGUAACUGGAAUAUCUCUACGUAAAACUGAAACAGAAGGAAAAUUAGUUUUUCUUGACAGGGAAAAUUUGGAGAUCGUCAAAGAAAUGCAUGUUUCAGAGUCUAGCACUGUGCGCUUUUUGUGGCACCCAAAAUUGAAUCAAAUGGUUGUUGGCUGCGGAGAUGGGCAGAUUAAACUUUACUAUGAUCCAAACAAAAGUAACAGAGGUGCUAUGUUGUGCAUGGUUAAAAAGGAGAGAAAGGUCAAACAAGCAGAGAUCGUGGCAGCACAGAAUAUUAUCACACCCUAUGCUCUACCAAUGUUCAGACAGGGGCGGCCAACUUCUACCAGAAAACAUGAGGAGCGAGUUAGAAAAGAUCCAGUUAAAAGUCACAGACCAGACUUGCCAGUGUCAGGGCCAGGUACUGGAGGACGAGUUGGGGCAAAGGGUGCUACUCUAUCACAGUAUGUUGCCCAGCAGAUUGUGUCAAGGAAACCAGAUCCUUUUGAGAAAGAUCCAAGAGCUGCUAUUUUACGACAUGCUAAAGAAGCAGCAGAGAAUCCAUACUGGAUUGACCCUGCUUACAAGAAAACCCAACCAACCCCUGUGUUCAGACAGCCAGAUGAAGAUGACCAUAAGAAAGAUGAAGAUGAGCCAGGACCAAUUUGGAAAAAGAAGAAAUUGCAAUAAUUUCUGUGCUGUAAACUAUGAAAUGUAAAAAUAAAAUGAUGCCCUUCAUAAAACAUGAGAA